AUGUCUCACAGUUCUGAGGAGGAUACUGAUAUAAGCGAUUCUGAAAUAAGCGAGUACGAAGAUAAAUGUUAUGAAGAACUGAAAAAUGGAAGUCAGAAUGUGAAGACCUCGGACGAGAAGUUUACUUGUCCAUACUGUCCGAAGAAAAGAAAACGAGAUUAUUUGUAUAAGGAGCUUCUGCAACAUGCUUCUGGUGUGGGUCAGAGUAGUUCACAAAAGAGAAAGCCAAGAGAAAAAGCUACUCAUUUGGCUUUAGUGAAGUAUUUGGAAAAUGAUCUUAUGAAUGUAGAUGCUCCAACGGAACCGGUUGAGGAUGAUAAAAGUGAUGCUCCUAUUGAUUCUGAUGAGCAGUUUGUGUGGCCAUGGAUGGGAAUAAUAGUUAAUAUUCCAACUAGCAAAACAAAAGACGGGCGCACUGUUGGGGCGAGUGGUUCUAAGAUUAGAGAUGAGUAUAGAAGUAGGGGUUUCAAUCCGGUACGAGUUAAUCCUUUAUGGAAUUACAAAGGUCACUCUGGAACUGCUCUUGUGGAAUUCAAUAAAAACUGGCCUGGGUUAGAUAAUGCACUUGCAUUUGAAAAAGCGUAUGCUUUAGAACAUCAUGGGAAAAAGGAUUGGUUUUGUAAUACCGGGCAGCAGAAGACGGGUCUUUAUGGAUGGGUUGCCCGAGCAAAUGACUACAAUGUGAACAAUAUCAUUGGUGAACAUCUGCGAAAGAUGGCUGAUGUCAAAACCAUACCGGAACUCAUGGAAGAAGAAGCUAGAAGGCAAGAUAGACUGGUGUCCAAUUUGACCGACAUUAUUCAAGUAAAAAAACACACCUUAAGUGAGAUUGAAGCAAGAUGCACCGAGACUACUGAUAAAAUGAAUGUUGCCAUGGCAGAAAAAGAUUUACUCAUUCAAUCUUAUAAUGAAGAGAUGAAGAAAAUACAGUCAAGUGCUAAGGAUCACUUCCAAAGGAUUUUUAAUGAUCACGAAAAGCUUAAAUCGCAACUGGAAUCUCAAAAAAAUGAGCUUGAGGCGCGGAGAAUUGCAUUGGAAAAACGUGAAGCACAUAAUGAGAUUGAAAGAAAGAAGUUGGCAGAAGAGAUUGAGGAGAAUACAACGAAAAAUAGCUCUCUUCAGAUGGCUUCAAUAGAGCAACUGAAAGCGGAUCAAAAUGUUUUGAAACUGGCUGAAGAUCAAAAGAAACAAAAAGAAGAACUCCAUGCUAAAAUCAUUCAGCUUGAAAAACAACUGGAUAUGAAACAAAAGUUGGAAUUGGAGAUUCAGCAACUUAGAGGAUCUCUAAGUGUGUUGAAGCACAUAGAAGACGAUGACGAUGGAGAAGUUUUGAAGAAGGUAGAUGAUUUGCAAAAGGGUUUAAGGGAGAAGGAACAGACACUUGAAGACGUUGAUGCAUUGAACCAAACACUCAUCAUUAAGGAGCGUAAGAGUAACGAUGAGCUGCAGGAAGCUCGGAAAGAAUUGAUUAAUGCUAUUAAAGAGAUAGCAACUCGAGCCCAAAUUGGUGUAAAGAGAAUGGGGGAACUUGACACUGAACCAUUCCUUGAAGCUAUGAAGCAAAGAUACAAUGAGGAGGAAGCUGAAGACAAAGCUACAGAACUAUGUUCAUUGUGGGAAGAGUAUCUAAAAGACCCAGAUUGGCAUCCAUUCAAAGUUUACAUGAUUGAUGGGAAAGAAAGAGAACUUAUUAAAGAAGACGAUGAAAAGCUGAAUGGACUGAGAAAAGAAGUGGGUGAAAAGGCAUAUAAUGCGGUGGUGGCAGCUUUAACAGAGAUUAAUGAAUACAAUCCUAGUGGGCGAUAUGUAACCUCUGAAUUAUGGAACUAUAAAACGGGAAAGAGAGCAACUUUGAAGGAAGGAGUACAAUUUUUGUUGAACACAUGGAAACGCAAGAAAGCAAUGUUGUGA